AUGAAGCUCGCUGUCGAAGCCGCUACUAAUGCGGCGUUGCCAUCUACAGUUAUCACGUUCUUCUUCAACGCGCGAGGAGCUGAACUUGAAAGGUCAAUACUAGGAAUGUACCGCUCAGUCUUACUCCAAUUAAUCUCGAAAACCCCAACUAUCCUAGAUGACCUCUCACAUCUACUCUCCUUCAAGAUAAAGCAUAGCGAGACACCUCAAGAGUAUCCAGUUAUGUGGUUUAUCGACGCACUUGACGAAUGCAAGGACGAUGAGGUGCUUAAAUUAGUCAAAUUCUUCGAGAACAUCGGGCAUACUGCAGUGUCAUUAGGAUCACCUCUGCACAUAUGCCUAUCGACGCGCCACUAUCUAAAUAUCCUGAUUCGGUGGGGUGUUAAAUUAACCCUCGAGAAGCAAUAUAGCCAUAAUCAAGACAUUAUGACAUACAUCGACAGCGAAUUCAGAGUGCCCUACAGCCCACACGUAGCUCUUAUUAAGUGUGAAUUGUGCAGCAGAUCAUCGGGGGUAUUUAUAUGGGUUAGGUUGGUAGUAGAACUCUUAAACAUGGCAUUCCGUCGUGGCGAAGGCAAGCCUGCCCAAUUACAACAACUACUAGACAGUGUCCCCAAGGAGCUCGACGACCUGUUUACCAACAUCCUAAAAUCAGACCCCAACUCGAAGUACAAAUCAAUUCUGUGCUUUCAAUGGGUCUUGUUCGCUAAGAGGCCACUGAACCCAGAGGAGCUAUACUUUGCCGUUCUAGCAGGAACAGAGCCAACAGCAAUAGAAAAAUGGGAUGCUGACGAAAUUAAUUCCGAGGGCAUUGAAAAUUUUAUCCUCAAUAUCUCGAAGGGGCUCGUAGAAGUAACCAAGAUGGAUAGAACUGUCCAGUUCAUCUAUGAGUCCGUAUGCGACUUUCUUCUUCUUCAUGAUGGCUUCACCAAGCUCGAACCCAACUUUGCGAUCAAUGUUAGGGGAUUCAGCGAGGAACGACUAAAACAUUGCUGCUAUCAGUACAUGACACUGGGCGUGUUUAAGGAUAACCGUUGGAGCCCUACGCAGCCAAGACUGACCCCACUACUUAAUGGACUGAGGACAAAGCCGAACCUAAAGGAUGAUAUUUUGCGCCACUUUCCAUUCGCGUGGUAUGCUGUUCGGUACGUCUUCGCUCACGCUGAAGUCGCCCAAAGCUGCGAUAUAGACCAGGGAGGGUUUCUCACUGAUUUCGAAGCCCCUGAUAGGACAUCAAUUCAAAAAUGGAUGAUGGUGUAUAAUGACUUCAGUUAUAACCCCAGAGGUAGCCCUACAGUCUAUCAUCCAAACGACAGUCUAAUCUACAUACUAUCGAACGAAAAUCUACCUGACCUCCUCCUGAACUUAAUACAAAUCAAGGGAAAUGUCAAUGAUGUAGGAAGACAACACGGCAGUCCCCUGCAACUAGCAGCAGGCAAGGGAUACCUCGCAGUUGCCCGGCAUCUCAUCGCCGCAGGCGCAGAUAUCGAUUUUCCUGGAGACAAACCUAGGUUAGCUCCACUCCUUUCAGCUAUAGAUUCUGGUCACAUAGACGUUGCACUGCUACUACUCGAAAAUGGUGCCCGCCAUGAUAUUGUAUCCUACUGUUGCGGCAAUAAUGAUAGGUGCACCCAGACACCACUCAUUAUGGCCGCAACAGUAGGAUUGACGGCCGUCGUACAAAAACUACUACAUUUAGGGGGUGAUGUAGACAUAGAAGGUGGCAGAGCACUGCAGCAGGCGGCUUCUAGUAAAGGGAACUGGCAGAUAGUUCGUCUGCUUCUCCAGUUCCGGGCUGAUGUAAACUUCGUGUGUGAGAUCGAUGGGAUCGCACUACAGGCUGCUGCAUUUGCUGGAAAAUAUGAGAUUGUUCAGCUGCUUCUACAAUCAGGGGCCGAUGCAAAUAGCGGAGGUGGCCAUGAUUAUAGCAACGCACUGUAUGCAGCAGCUGUCGGUGGGAGUGUGCAGGUUGUAAAGCUCCUUCUUCAGUGGGGAGCUAAUGUGAAUAGCGGGAACAGAAAGCUCGGCAGCGCACUGGAGGCGGCAGCUCAGCAUGGGAAUGCUUUGGCAGUGCAGAUGCUUCUUGACACAGGAGCUGAUGUGAAUAGCAUAGGUGGGACUUACAGCAGCGCAUUGCAGGAGGCAGCUUACCAUGGGCAUGAGAAAAUAGUCCGGAUGCUUCUUCAAGCAGGAGCUGAUAUAAAUAGAGGAGGCGGCAGAUAUUAUGGAAACGCACUCUCGGCGGCAGCUAGCUGCGGGAAAAAGCACAUAGUGGAGCUGCUUCUUCAAGCAAGAGCUAAUGCUAAUUACAUGCGCGAGGGUUUUGGCAGCGCAUUGCAGGAGGCUAAUAAUCGCGGCUACUCAGAUAUCGCUCAACUUUUACGGCAACAUGGCGCGAAAGAGGCGGAAAUUUAG